GCUAUAAAGCGCCAAAGGUGUGGCGCCUGCUGGACGGCGGGCGCGGGGGAUGCCGGUGGCCCCCAACGAGCCGCGGCGCGAGCGGGUGAAAGGCGGGGCGUUGCUGCUCUGUUGCCAUCAAAGUGGACGGAAAUCCCGCCUGCUGCGCAGCGCAGUGCGCUGCUGCUUUGGAGGUAUUCGAUCGACCCCAUUCCGAGGGACGGAAGGGCCGGGAUUUUCUGGCAAAAUGCGCCCAAGCCGCAAGCCUCCUGCCGCCCCCCCGAGAUUCUUCAUUUUCCCAAAGCAGUAGCGGGGGCGCGCGAAUGUUUUCGCGGGCGCGCCUGUGGCCUUCGUAUGCGGCCGGCUAGCAGCCACGGGGGCCGGGCCCGUCUGGUCGCGCAGUGUUUUCGGUGCGCGGCUUCGGGGGGCCUGCGCGCCGCUCCGCGGAAACAAGAUUCGCCGUGGCGAGACUUGUAUCCGGCGGCCGUAGAAAAGCUCCAGCGGCCGCGGCGAAAGCGCGCCAGGGCUCAAGGCAUUGCCUGAAGUUAUAUUCUCCUUUCCUGAAAAUGUUGGAAAUUGCCGGCCAACCGGGGGAAACUGCCAGCGCGUUUUCGCCGUCCAGAAGGUGAGAGUAAGACUGCGCCCCCCAGCAAUUUCGCUGCUGCUGUGGCGCUGUGCUAGGCAGCGCGCAGCCUGCCGCAGAUGGCGGCGGCGACGCCGGACAGCCAACCCGGCGCGGUCGCGCGCGGGCGGCUUCCCUGCCGGGCGCGGGCGUGGCCCGUGUGUCGGAACUUUCGCAAUUUUUUGGAUUCGGUUCGGGCCUUUCGGGAUAUAUCUCGAACUUGAAAAGAUACGGAGUCGAAGCCAGUGCCGGCACUCCGCCCUGCCAUUUCAGAGCCGGCGCCCGCGCGGCGAAGGAUUUCAGCCCAAGGCAGGGCGUGGCGCUGGCGGAGUCGGCGGCGGGCGAAGGUUGCGAGCAGAAAUGGCGCAGGGUCUUCGCGGGGCGGGAGCGGCUGCGUACCACCCGAACCGAAGUGGCUACGGGCACGCAGGGAGCGGGGCGCGCCCGGUGGCCCCCCUUUGGAAAUUCCGCCCGCGGGGCGCGCCACCAGCAUGCCGCGACACGGCCGACCUCCGGGGGCCAAUGGCGGACAUUCUCCGGAAGAAGAGGAUCGGCAUGGCGGGGCGCCUUUGUUUCGUGGGGACGGAGGGAGCGCUUAAAAUUGGAAAGGAGCGGCCCGCGACCCAGGGCGCGAGAGUGCGCAACUCUGCCGCUAAUCCAUCCCCCCGCCCAAUGGCAGGGGUUGCGCGGCAGCGCGGCCGAUGGGGGUUCGUGCCGCAAGCUCUAACCGGCCCGGGCGCCCCCGUCUUUUUUCGGGUUGUAGUUGAAGCAGCAUGUAUCUUGCGACUCCAUCUCCUGCGUAUUUUACUCAAAUCCUUGAGCCAAAUAAGGCCCAGACACAAACCGAGUCAGUCACUAAGUGGCGCAAGGCGGCAGAGCGCCCCUUGCUUUU